GGAGACAGGAGCGCAAGCCUGCAGCCGCUGAAAAGGCUCAGCACUCGCCUUAUCCUUAAGAACGAGGCAAUUCGCCUUGACCAAUACGUACUUUAAAGCCCUAUUACCCGGGACACGGCAGAUUGGCAAUUCAUAUGUGAUUGAAUCUGAAUGGGAUCUCUUUAUUAUUGUGGAAAGGAAAGAAGAGGAGCUGUUAAGAUUUUCGUGUCAGAUAGGUGCUUCUGUUUGACAGUGCAUCAUCCUAUGCUUGACUUGGAAAGAAGAAGCUCAGAAAGCCAUGAGUGAUGAUUCAUGUCGUCUUUUGUAGUGUUAUGGCAUCAAAUCCAUGGUCUACAUUUAAUGUGGAAUUCUAGUGAGAACAGAAGAUAUUUUAUUUUGGCUCAGUGCUUGGAUGAAAUAAAAAAUAAAAAAUCCAAAUUUUGAUGCAGAAACUCUGUUAAAUUAUUAUUAUUAUGCUUGACACCAUGGAACACCAGCCCACUACUGCUUUAUUUUAAUUAGUGUCUUGCUUUGGUCCCCUAAGUUGCACCUUCACAAUAGCGUAACAUCUAAAAAGUAAUCAUACCAUUUGGAUAGAUUCACAUAAAAGAGCCAAUCUGGAAGAUCUACGCAAUUUAAAGGACCCUCAAGACAUUAAGUCAUUAACCAUGGCUAGUGUUCUUAAAAGAGGGGGCCUGAUUAUUUGGAUGGUCUUAAUACUUGGAUGUAUGGUGGAUAUGGGCUUUGGCCUGGAAUUCCCUGGAACAGAAGGCCAGUGGACACGCUUUCCUAAAUGGAAUGCUUGUUGUGAAAGUGAGAUGAGUUUUAACAUGAAGACCAAGCGAUCAAGUGGACUUGUUAUUUACUUCGAUGACGAGGGUUUCUGUGACUUUUUGGAGCUCAUUCUGCACGAAGGAAGGCUGAAGUUGAGUUUUUCCAUCUUCUGUGCCGAGCCGGCGUCUCUCCUGACAGAUCUUGCUGUAAAUGACAACAACUGGCAUUCAGUAAUUAUCAAGAGGAACUUCAAGAAUACCACAUUGAUUUUAGAUAAGGAGAGCAAGUGGGUAGAAGUGAAAUCAAAACGGAGAGACAUGACUGUGUUCAGCAACCUUUUUAUAGGUGGGAUCCCACCAGAGCUACACGCAUCAACACUGAAGUUAACAUUUCCGGCGGUAAAAGACCACAGUCCUUUUCAAGGCUGGAUAAGAGAUAUCCGCGUCAACUUUACCGAGUCCUUACCAGAAAGUAGUAGUGAUAUCAAGACGGAGGAUGACACUAACCCAUGCGCCAGUGAGAAAGUAUGUCUGAAUGGCGGAAUUUGCUCCAUUGUGAACGAAGAAGCAACGUGUGACUGUUCCCAGACUGGUUUUCAAGGAAAAGACUGCAGUGAAGAAGACAACCAUGUUGAAGGUCUGGCACACCUGAUGAUGGGCGACCAAGGUAAAAGUAAAGGAGGAUUUGGAGAUACAAACAGAGGUAGUCUAUCCACAGGAAAAGAAGACUACAUCGCUACAUUCAAAGGGUCUGAAUACUUCUGCUAUGAUUUAUCCCAAAACCCGAUACAAAGCAGCAGCGAUGAAAUAACCCUGUCAUUUAAAACCCUUCAGAGGAACGGACUGAUGCUUCAUACAGGGAAAUCCGCAGAUUAUGUGAAUCUCGCACUGAAAAACGGAGCUGUCUCCUUGGUCAUUAAUUUGGGGUCAGGGGCCUUUGAGGCCUUGGUGGAACCGGUCAAUGGAAAAUUUAAUGACAAUAACUGGCAUGAUGUGAAAGUAACCAGGAAUCUGCGUCAGCACGCAGGCAUUGGACACGCUAUGGUAACAAUUUCAGUGGAUGGGAUUCUGACUACCACAGGCUACACUCAAGAGGACUACACCAUGUUGGGAUCCGAUGACUUUUUCUAUGUUGGAGGCAGUCCCAGUACCGCAGACUUACCAGGGUCACCAGUCAGUAACAACUUCAUGGGCUGUCUUAAAGAGGUUGUUUAUAAAAACAAUGACGUGAGGCUUGAAUUGUCCCGACUUGCUAAGCAAGGUGAUCCUAAAAUGAAGGUCCAUGGUAUUGUUGCAUUUAAAUGUGAAAACGUGGCAACUUUGGAACCAAUCACUUUUGAAACACCAGAAUCUUUUAUCUCUUUGCCAAAAUGGAAUGCUAAAAAAACUGGCUCGAUAUCAUUCGAUUUCCGAACAACAGAACCAAAUGGACUGAUACUUUUUAGCCACGGAAAACCCAGACAUCAGAAGGAUGCCAAAAACCCACAAAUGAUCAAAGUUGACUUUUUUGCCAUUGAGAUGCUAGAUGGUCAGCUUUACCUGCUUUUGGACAUGGGGUCAGGAACUAUUAAGACAAAAGCAUUGCAGAAAAAAGUAAAUGACGGAGAAUGGUAUCAUGUAGAUUUCCAGCGGGAUGGACGAACAGGUACCAUUUCUGUCAACACUAUACGCACACCUUACACAGCCCCGGGUGAAAGUGAAAUUCUUGACCUUGAUGAUGAUUUGUAUUUGGGGGGUUUACCUGAAAAUAAAGCUGGUUUGGUGUUUCCAACUGAAGUAUGGACAGCUCUUCUAAACUACGGAUAUGUUGGAUGCAUACGAGAUUUGUUUAUUGAUGGCCAAAGCAAAGAUAUUCGUCAGAUGGCUGAGCUUCAGGGUACAGCUGGGGUGAAACCCUCAUGCUCCAGAGAAACCGCAAAGCCUUGCCUGAACAACCCAUGUAAAAACAAUGGCGUUUGUAGAGAUGGAUGGAACAGAUAUGUCUGUGAUUGUUCAGGUACCGGCUACCUGGGACGCUCUUGUGAAAGAGAAGCUACAAUUUUAAGCUACGAUGGAGGAAUGUUUAUGAAGAUACAGCUCCCUCUGGUUAUGCACACAGAAGCAGAAGAUGUUUCCCUGCGCUUCAGGUCUCAACGUGCAUAUGGCAUUUUAAUGGCCACCACGUCGAGAGACUCUGCAGAUACUCUACGUUUAGAACUGGACGCAGGACGCGUGAAACUUACGGUCAAUCUAGACUGUAUCAGGAUUAACUGUAACUCCAGCAAAGGUCCAGAAACACUUUAUGCUGGCUAUAACCUCAAUGAUAAUGAAUGGCACACAGUACGUGUCAUCCGACGAGGAAAGAGUUUAAAAUUAAUGGUGGAUGAUCAACAAGGAAUGACAGGUCAAAUGGCUGGUGACCACACAAGACUGGAAUUCCACAACAUUGAGACUGGAAUAAUAACAGAACGACGUUACUUAUCUGUGGUCCCUUCUAACUUCAUUGGUCAUCUGCAAAGCCUAACGUUCAACGGCAUGCCGUAUAUUGACUUGUGUAAAAAUGGUGACAUAGAUUACUGUGAAGUGAACGCUCGAUUUGGGUUCAGGAACAUUAUCGCAGAUCCGGUCACAUUUAAGACGAAAGCAAGCUAUGUUGCUCUGCCUACUCUGCAAGCCUACACGUCGAUGCACCUUUUCUUUCAGUUCAAGACUACAUCUCCAGAUGGGCUGAUUCUGUACAACAGCGGAGAUGGCAAUGACUUUAUUGUAGUUGAGUUAGUCAAGGGGUAUUUACAUUAUGUAUUUGACUUGGGAAAUGGUGCAAAUCUUAUUAAAGGAAGCUCCAAUAAGCCUUUAAACGACCAUCAGUGGCACAACGUGAUGAUAUCGAGGGAUACUAGCAACCUUCACACUGUUAAAAUAGACACCAAAAUCACUACCCAGAGUACGGCAGGCGCAAGAAACCUAGACCUCAAAAGUGACCUAUAUAUUGGAGGUGUUGCCAAAGAGAUGUACAAAUCUUUGCCAAGGCUGGUCCACGCCAAGGAAGGAUUCCAAGGUUGCCUCGCUUCUGUUGAUCUAAAUGGACGUCUUCCAAACUUGAUCUCAGAUGCUCUUUUGUGUAACGGGCAAAUAGAAAGAGGAUGUGAAGGCCCGAGCACCACAUGCCAAGAAGACUCUUGUGCAAAUCAAGGUGUUUGCUUGCAGCAGUGGGAUGGAUUCAGCUGUGACUGCACAAUGACCUCAUUUAGUGGACAUCUAUGCAAUGAUCCUGGCACAACAUAUAUUUUUACCAAAGGAGGCGGACAGAUUACCUACACUUGGCCCCCUAAUGACCGGCCCAGCACCCGUGCCGACAGACUCGCUAUAGGAUUUAGCACGGUUCAAAAAGAAGCUGUUUUGGUGCGAGUGGACAGCUCUAGUGGACUUGGUGACUAUUUAGAGCUACAUAUUCAUCAAGGAAAAAUUGGAGUCAAAUUUAAUGUUGGAACAGAUGACAUUUCAAUUGAAGAAGUUAAUGCCAUUAUUAAUGAUGGAAAGUACCAUGUAGUGCGGUUCACAAGAAGUGGGGGUAAUGCCACCUUACAAGUGGACAACUGGCCGGUCAUCGAGCGUUUUCCUGCAGGAAACAAUGAUAACGAACGCCUGGCGAUUGCUAGACAGCGAAUUCCAUAUCGACUUGGUCGAGUAGUUGAUGAUUGGCUACUCGACAAAGGGCGUCAACUCACAAUCUUCAAUAGCCAAGCGACAAUUAAAAUUGGAGGGAAGGAGCGAGGCCAACCAUUUCAAGGCCAGCUCGCUGGCCUUUACUACAACGGCUUGAAAGUUCUCAACAUGGCAGCUGAAAGCGAUCCUAACAUUGUGAUUGAGGGGAACGUGAAACUUGUCGGAGAAGUGCCUUCAUCUAUGACCACCGAGUCCACUGCCACGGCUAUGCAGUCAGAGAUGUCCACAUCGAUUAUGGAAACUACAACAACACUGGCUACUAGCCCUAGAAAGUCAAAGACACCUACAAGAGAACCUGUUGGUCAGAGCACGGAUGAUAUUUUGGUGGCUUCUGCUGAGUGUCCAAGUGACGAUGAUGAGGACAUUGAUCCAUGUGAGCCGAGCUCAGCAAAUCCUACUAGAGCGGGAGGAAGAGAGACUGUCUCUAAUGACCCUAUUCGAGAGUCCAGCAGCACGACAGGCAUGGUGGUUGGCAUUGUUGCUGCAGCAGCUCUCUGCAUUCUCAUUCUCCUUUAUGCCAUGUACAAGUAUAGAAACAGGGAUGAAGGUUCCUAUCAUGUGGAUGAGAGUCGAAACUACAUCAGUAACUCAGCACAGUCCAAUGGGGCUGUGAUCAAGGAGAAACAGCCCAGCAGCACUAAAAGUUCUAACAAAAAUAAGAAAAACAAGGACAAAGAAUAUUAUGUCUGAUCGCAGCCGCUUAAUGAACAUGUGUAUAGAAAUAGUCUUCAUUUUAUCUGAGACAUAAAAUUAACAGACUUAUUUACUUUACUUUUUAUGAAGCACAUUGAAAAAAAAAGAAGACAGGGAAUGCAAUCAGGAAGGAGAGACUGUUUUUAAAAAAAAUAACAAAUUAAAAAAAAAACAUUUAAAAAAAUUAAAAGUCAAGCAUAUUAUGGUUUUAGUCCCCAGAAACAGGAGCCAAACUUGAUUAUUCAGUGUUUUCAUCUACUUUGCCUAUCAUUGUACGUUGUUGGAAUGUUUUGGAAAGACGCUAAUGAGACCACAACAUUCUUGAAGCACGGAAUGAUUUCCAACAUCAAGGCAUAAUUUAAAAAGAAGCUACCUAUGAUUCUUCUGGAUAUAGCCAAAAUGCUAGCGCUUUCUCCAAAAGUAAGUUAGUUUUAAUGCCAGAGAAGAUGCGUCAGAACUUACAAACAAGGGGCUUAUGGACUUGUAUGGAAGUAAAUGAUUAUAAUGUGUUCAUUACAGAGUCCUGGCUUUUCAGAAGACUUCUGUUAAAAUCCAACAGACUUUCACAAAGCCCCAUUCUGGUUGUGAGGAAUAUGUUAUGGAUGCCUUAUUUUCAGAAAGAUGAAAUUUAAGGCGCUUUUUCAAAAUAAAACAAGAGGGAUAGAUGCAAUCAUUGGGAACUUUUCAUGCACGCUUAAUAUGUUAUUACAUAUGUUUAUAUAAAACACAUCUAUAUGUGCUUUCUGGACUGUGAUAAGUGAUGUUUUAUAGCCUGUUGUAUAGACAAUGCAAAAUAUAUCUGCUCUUCAGCCAUUUUUGGUAAAAUAAAUGUUCUAAGUGUUGCUAGGUAUAGAACGUUUUCUGAUGUCUGAUGCAACAGACCUGUUUCAGUUCUUUGCAGCCAUCAUCAACUCCAAAUUUUCUUUUCUUUUUUCUUUUUAAUAUUGGUGAGUAUGCCACUGGGAUGAGUAUGAAUGUAAAUAAAUAUAAAAAAGUGUAAUACUAUACAGCACAAUAGCCAACAUUCCAUUGCAGUCAAGUUACGAUGUGUUGGGUCACACAGGUAUGAAGGUGUUUCCAAUUUACUGUAAUCAGCCCAAAUAAAUUAAUAAAUAACCGAAACAACAAUGGCACUCAAUAUUUCUUUAUGUAACAGAAUUAGCAUAAACUAGUUCUUUUUUCUUAUCUUUUUUUUUACACUCUAACUGAAGUAAUCAUUAUGUUAUUUUUUUGAAAAAUGUAAACAUGUAUUAUUCACUACUUAAAAUCAACCUAUAUACAGUAUAUAUGUACAAUAUAUGUACAAUCACACACACACACAGAUAAAAAAGACCCAAACAUUACAAAAAGAAAAAAAGACAAAAUAAAUGUGUAUUGUUUCUCCAUUUUUGUUGAGAAAGGCAACAAGUACAUGUCACUACCAUUUCUUUCAAGUUAAAGCAUAAAGAUGAAAUCCUUUGACCUAAAGGCAUGAUUAAAUAUAUUCUUGUUAAAAAAAAA